CGAGGCAUCUACACUCUUCCGCUCUAUCGACUUCCUCCAGCCAACGAAUACCUCCGUCAUCACAUCAGACACUUCGAGUAGUUACAUCCAGCUCUUCUGAGGUCAGACGCUGCCCGACCGCGACCCCCAACCCAACACAACAGCGGUACCAAUUGUUAGGCCGCCCGCCACUCGCUACAAACCUAUCCACGACAUCAUUGCUCUUACAAUCGUUUCGACUCAAUCUCUCCAUACGCUUCCGAUACCCGACAGCGACCGAGCGACAAACCAGCUGGAACUCGCGCGCCGAGGUUGAUAUUACAAGUUCACAUUCUUAGUACUCGGGAGCAAGUCGCCCGCUGGUGGCGAUUAGCUAGAAAAGAUGGCGAGCUCCUUUGAAAAGUCCGUCAAGGGCGCAACCAAAAUCAAGGCCGCACCUCCCAAGACGAAGUACAUCGAGCAUAUUCUUAUCGCGACACAUUCGGGUGAGGCGGGAGUUGGAGAGGUCUUUAGGGUACUGCAGACUCGGUUGCGCGAUUCAACAUGGACCGUUGUCUUCAAGAGUCUGAUUACCGUACACCUCAUGAUCCGAGAGGGUUCGCCAGACGUUACCCUAGCAUAUCUUGCUAAGCACCGGAGUAUGCUGGGUCUGGGCAUGAUAUCAGAUGUUCAAACACAAGGCCGAAACAUCCGUCAUUACUAUGAUUACCUUACCGAAAGGGUGCGAGCGUAUCGUGACACAAAGAUUGACUGGGUUCGAGGCAGGGAGAACCGGUUGGAGAAGCUCUCAGUCGAAAAAGGCUUGCUACGAGAGACAGAAUCUGUUCAGAAGCAACUCACAGCGUUGCUCAAGUGUGAUGUCAUGGACAAUGAACCAGAAAACGAAAUUACGGUUACCGUGUUCAGGCUCUUGGUUUUAGAUCUUCUUGCCUUGUUCCAAGCUCUGAACCAGGCCAUGAUCAAUAUUCUCGGCCACUUUUUCGAAAUGUCAAAGCCUGAUGCCGAGAGAGCUAUGGACAUCUACCGGAAUUUUGCUCGUCAAACCGAUUUUGUGGUACAGUACCUCAGUGUCGCUCGGCAAUAUGAACACCAUACUAGAGUUGAGGUUCCCAAGCUCAAGCACGCACCUGUGAACUUGGGACGGCAGCUGGAGGAUUAUCUGAAGGAUCCCGACUUCGAGAUUCACCGGAGGCAGUAUCUGGCCGAGCUGGAGGCGAAGAAGAAAGGGGGUUCAUCCUCGGUAUCAAAGUUCCCCAAAGCAGAGUCAUCCACGAAGAAUACUGCCUCAGGGACCACAAGCACCAAAGAAGAGUCAUCCAGGCCGGCAAUUCCUAUCAAGUCGGCGGAUGCCAACCUCAUCGAUUUCUUCGACUCGAUCGAGCAAAACCAGACGCAAAUGGCUGUCCAGGCACAACCACAGCUUCAGCAAACCCAUGGACAGAUGCAAGUGAGCGCGAACCCUUGGGCACAGGCCGCUUUCCAGCCUCAACCCACUCAGCCGUUUCAAGCCAACGAUUUUGCGGCUCAGGCUGCCUUCCAACAAGCUUUCCAGCAGCAGCAACAACAACAACAGCAACAGCAGCAGCCAGCAAUGGAUACUUAUGGUCAAGUUCUGCAGGCUCCUCAGCAACAGAUGCAACCGUCUUUUACGGGAGCUGGGUAUGGUGGCUUUUCUCCCCAGCAACAAGGCUUCCAGGCCACCUCGUUGUCUCUUGUUUCCCAGGAUCCCAUGGCCAAUUUCCAGACGGCCACAACCACCGGCUUCUCCGGUCUUCAGCCACCACAGCAAGUCACCAACCCUUUCCGACAAUCUAUGAUGAUGAACCAACAACAAACGGGAUCUCCAUUCUCGCCAGCGAACAACUCCCCUUUCCAGCAGCAACAACCACAACAACAGCAACAGCAGCAAAUGCAGCGUCCUGUGACUGCACAGUCUACCAACCCAUUUGCUCGCGCGUCUCCUCAGGCGGCACAACCCUUCGCUUCUCCUCCAGCCAACUCGCCUUUCCAGUCGGCUCCACCGCAACAACCACAGCCGACUGGAACCAACCCCUUCGCGAGGGGCUUCGCGGCUUCCCAGUCGGUCCAACAACAACAGCAGCAGCGCCCCGUCACUGCUGGUGGCCCACUUCUUCCGACGCCAACGGGCAGCACAAAUCCUUUCCGUCAGGGUGCGUUCGUGAACCAUGCUACCGGCAUGGGGUGGCAACAUAACCAACAGCCUAUAGGGGGCGGGCUCGACCAACUCGAGACAAUCCCGGUGUUUCCGAGGCCAGCACAGCAAACGCCAUGGCAGCAAUGAUGAGCGGUUGUAUUCUCUGACAGCCGCGUAACGCUAAGCUCUCUUCAUCUUGGAUUUCAACGGCUAUACGGGCAAGCGUAUGUCGUUGACAGGCGCACUACCCCGCUUUUCUGUCAUUUUGUUGUCUUAGUUUUGGCUUGUCUGGUUUGUUCGGGAUGACACGAACCGGCAAGUCACGCAUCUAGCGCGGCGUUCCUUAUGCU